AUGCCUUCCCCUCGCCGCGCUGGCGGCAGUGACCGGAGGCGCCUGGCGUCUCCGCAUCCUUUGCUCCUGCUGCUGGCCCUGGCCUGCCUCCUGAUCUCGACCCUUGCUCAGCCUAAUCAGCGCUCCUUCCACGCCGAACCUCUUCAUCAUCUACCUCGACAGCAUGUUGACCCGACCUCGAACUUCCUAGACAAUGACAAGAGGGGCCCUUCCCAGCCCAGCGGCAACAACAAGUCCGGUCCCGCUCGUCUCGACGGCAGUAAGCAAGGGCCUGCGCAAGCCAACACCGGCAGCAACAACGUCGCACCCGCUCAGCCAAAUCAGGGCAGCGACAAGGCCGCACCCGCUCAGUCUAGCAGCCAAAAGUCUGGCGUCGCUGGAAAGAAUGGCGCGGCAAGGGACGCGUCGGACGAUGCAACAUCUGGAAAUCUGACGAGCUAUGUCAACGUGUUUGUCGGCACGGCGCAGAACGGCGACCCCGGAAACGUCUUUGCCGGCGGAACGGUGCCGUUCGGCAUGGCCAAGGUCGGCCUCAACGUCGAGGGCUACUCUCCCGCCGGAUACGUGAGCGACAACGUCCAGCCCACCCGUGGCGUCUCGCCCCUGCACGAUUCGGGCACAGGCUCGUCGGACGGCUCGUAUGGCAACUUCUGCGUCAUGCCCGUGACGUGCAAGGGCAACGACCUCGACGCGUGCCCGACGCUCCUCGACUCGCGCCUCCGCUUCCGCAAGAACGGCACCGACGUCGGCCGUCCGGGCUACUUUGCCACGAUGCUCAACAACUCGAUCGGCAUCGAGCUCACCUCGACCCGUCGCGCCACGCUCGAGCGCUAUACGUUCCCCACGUCGCUCCUCGACAAGGAGGGCUCCACCGCCCACCUCGUGCUCGACUGGACCAACGACUCGCCCGGCACGUUCCGCAACGGCACGCUCGACGUCGACUGGCAGGCAGGUCGUCUCAAGAUGAGCGGCUCGUGGCGUAGCAGCUUCGGCCCGAGCUUCUUCUCCUACAACGCCUAUCAGUGCGUCGACCUUCUCUACAAUGGCAAGCAGAACCUCGGCAACCACGCCGUGUUUGGCGGAGACCGACUCGGCAUGGACGCGAAGCGCACCGACGUGACGCACUGGACGCGUAUCCACCCCAACAACGGCCAGCCCAUCCAGGCCGGCGUCGUCGUCGGCUUCAAGUCGGCUCCGGCCGGAGACAAGGGCCAGACGGUCACGAUUCGCCGAGGCGUCUCCUUCGUGUCGGCCGAACACGCGUGCCAGAACAUGGAGGAGGAGAUCCCCGACUGGGACUUUGACAAGGUCGCCGGGGCCAGCAACGAUGAGUGGGAGGACAAGCUCAAGAGGAUCGAGCUGGCCACCGACACCGAUCCGUACGUCAAGGAGCUCUUCUAUACCUCUUUCUACCGCACCUUCCUCAGCCCGAACAAUGCUACUGAAACCGAUAAUUUGCGCUUUGACGGCGAAUAUUGCACAUGGGACACUUUCCGAACGCUUUUUCCGUUCAUGGCGCUCAGCUCGCCGCGCGAUUUCGCCGACAUCGUCGAGGACUACAUCGAUGGUUACAGGAAGGAAGGCUACCUGCCCGAGUGCCGCGCCAACCAGGUCAAGGGCUACGUGCAGGGCGGCAACCACGGUGUCGAGGUGCUGGCCGACUUUGCCAACAAGUACCGACACUACGGCGACUCGCUGGGCGUCUCGCUCAAGGAGCUGUACGAGGCCAUGGUGCACGACAUCGACGUGGCCUCGCCCGACUUUGAGUACGAAGGGCGACAGGCGGUGCCGUUCCAGAAGUACGGCUACAUCCCCUACGGCUACCUAGACACGGUCUCGGUGGGCGAGCCGACCCGCGAGAUUUCGAGGUCGCUCGAGUACUCGUACGGCGACUUUACGGCCGCCGUCACGGCCCAGACGCUCAACCAGUCGCAGGCCGACGUGGCGCGGUUCCGUGCCUCUGCGCUCAACUACCGGAAGAACUACGACCACAGCGCCCGGUCCGACGGCUUUAGCACGUUUGUCCAGCAGCGCUACGCCAACGGCACCUUCCGCCGCACCGACCCGACCACGUGCAGUCCCAAGGACACCGACUCGAAGCACUCGUGCUCGUUGCAGCCGGAAAACACCUGGGGCAUCUACGAGUCGUCAUCCUGGGAGUACAGCCUGUACGCGCCCCAGGACGGCGCGGGUCUAGUGCAGCUGCUCGGCGGCAAAGAUACCUUUGAGCGCCGCCUCGACCACUUCUUCCAGGCGGGCUACUACCAGCCGGGCAACGAACCUUCGUUCGAUACGCCAUCGCAGUACCACCACAUCGGCAAGCCGUACAAGUCGGUGCGCCGCGUGCGCAACGUCAUCGGCACCUACUUUGGCCUGGGCACCGACGGCGUCCCGGGCAAUGACGACAAUGCGGCCAUGGCCUCGCUGCUGUCGUGGUACCUUCUCGGCUUCUACCCGGUGCCCGGUACGCGCGAGAUGCUGAUCCUCUCGCCCCUGGUCCCGUCCUACACCGUCCACAACGAGCUGCUGGGCGACCUCACGGUGACGGUGACCAACUUUGAUCCGCGCAGCGUACAGCGCGAUGGCAAGCUGCCUUCGGGCGCGCGCGCCUUUGUCAAGAGCGUCAGGAUCGACGGACAGCUCCAUCCCUCCAUCUGCCGCAUCUCGUUCGACGACUUUUUCCCCGCCGCUGCUGCUGCCGCCGGUGGCUCCACGGUCAAGCGCAAAAUCGAAAUCGAGGUCACUAGCCAGGAAAUCGACGGGUGCGGCCAGGGCGAGAUGGCACAGCCCAUGUCCCUCAGCACUGGCGGCUUCUUGGGUCAGGUCGGAGCCGCCGCGCCUGCGCCCGCCUCUGCUGGUCAGACCCGUCAGAAGAAGAUUCGUUCCGCACGCCAGCCUUGA